CUGUUGUAUUUGGUGAAUAUCAGUUUCACGUCUCUGUAUCAUACCGUAUUUUCGGUUGUCUGACACCUGGAGAAGACAUAAAAUCCAAUUAUGGCUUCAAUAAUUCUAAACAGUGCUCGCAAUGCUGUGAAAAUUACUCUUCAAUCACUACCAAAACGUUAUUUUUCGGUUUCUUCAACAUUCAGAAAUGCUCAAGGAACACCAGAAAACACAGAAGAAACGAAACCCACAAUUCGAAAACCGGUGAUCCACAACCUCGAUCAAGUGAAGGAUUUCGGUCGCUAUGUGGCUGAUUGUCUCCCAAAAUAUGUCCAGAAGGUCCAAAUGGCCGCUGGGGAUGAAUUGGAAAUUUUGAUAGCUCCUGAUGGGAUCAGGCCCACUAUAGCUUUCUUACGAGAUCAUCACAAUGCCCAGUACAGUCAGCUCGUUGAUAUCACGGCUCUUGAUGUGCCCAGUAGGCCCUACAGAUUUGAGUUGGUCUACUGUCUCUUGUCCAUCAGAUAUAACACCAGAAUUCGGGUGAAAUCCUACACUGAUGAAUUGACGCCAGUGGAUUCUGUUUGUUCAAUAUUUAAAGCAGCUAAUUGGUAUGAGCGAGAAGUUUGGGACAUGUUCGGAAUAUUUUUCAGCGAUCAUCCAGAUUUGAGGAGAAUUCUGACUGAUUAUGGUUUUGAGGGACAUCCGCUGAGGAAAGAUUUCCCAUUGAGUGGCUUUAUUGAGGUACGAUACGACGAUGAAGUUAAACGAGUUGUCGCCGAACCCCUCGAAUUAGCCCAAGAAUUUCGCAGAUUUGAAUUGUCAGCUCCCUGGGAACAAUUUCCAAAUUUCCGAAACAGUGCCACUGCUGAGGAUGUACUAUCAGAAAAACCAAAAGAUAAUCCAUCCAAGUGAAGAAAUAAAUUGAAAUAAAUACUGAGAAAUUAAUAAAUUUCAACCAACUUGUAUAAAAAGUGUAGAUUAAGAAUAAUAAAUUAUAAAAAUAGUCAACAUCUAUGAACAAUAAUAUAAAUUAUAAAGGGAGUGUCUUAUCACCAUUAACACCUCAUCAUCCAAUUGUUUAUUCUCCGACCGUUAAACUUUAUUCAGCAAGAGAAUAAUUUUCCAACGCAGUUAUGGAGAAGAGUUAGAAACUUUAACUUACUUUAGUGUUUUUUGCAAUAAAUUCAUUUAUUCAUAAAUAAUAGUCACAUAAAAAUAUUUCCGAUAAAGUUUUUGAAAAGUCCACAAAAAAAACCACACAAUGUUUAUUCAGCCAAUAUUACAUCGCUCAGAAUUCUCUAGAUUUAGAAUUGCCCAGUGAUGUUCCAAUUAAUAUUUAUAAAAUUCAUUAUUUCUUUCCUCUCUUUUAUUUAAAAUAACGAAAUUAUGUUUUUCUCUUCAAAGGAAACGGUUUUGGAACGUAAAAAUCUAUUGUCAGUAAUUCAAAAUAAAACAAGCAACACUUGA